AUGAACACUGAAUGGCAUUUCAGUCAAGUUUGGGUGCCGUCAUUCCAAGAUUCCGAUGGCGACGGGUAUGGAGAUAUGCAGGGUCUCAUUGACCGUCUCGAAAAUCUUCGAAAAAGUGGAGUGCAGACCGUUUGGCCCGUUCCAUUCCUCCUAUCGGACGAUUUCUCGAAUGCAGUUCGAAAUUUCAAUCAGAUGGACCCGAAGAUUGGAGUGAAUCAGCUUGCUGACAAGGCAAUCGAGGUCGCCCAUGACAAAGGGAUGAAAUUCGUCAUCAGCUUGCCCAUUGCGACAACCUCACUUGAGCAUGAGUGGUUUUUGAAGUCAGCAUCAGCCAGCCUUCCGGAAUUCAGAAACUACUCUGAUUUCUACCACUGGAAAGGCAAAGGAUACUCAGAAUAUUUUGCCGAAUACAAGGGAGUCUCAUUCCUGCACGAAAAGAACAACAGCAAGUCAGCCGUUCUCAAUUGGCAGAAUUCGAACGUUCGAGAGCAUAUGUUUAACGUACUUUCCUCGUGGAUUGACCGUGGUGUAGAUGGAUUUUACCUGGUAGGUAUCGAGUAUUUGGCUCGUUCGGCAGACGGCAUGGAACCGAACUGGGCUGGAAUUGCUGAUGUGAUCAGCGACAUCAGAAACCACGUCGACUCUUUCAGCAAUGAAAGCACUAAAGCAUCCGGGAAGAAAAUAGCUCUAUUUGCGUCACGAGACGAGGCGAAGGAGAAGGACAAGAAGCAAUUGGCGAAAAGUGGUCUCGACUCAGUGAUCAACUAUGAACUUGGUCAAGUGAGCAAGAACUCUGACAUAUGUCACCGGAACGAGGGCUCAGUAGCAAUAUGCGUUCACGAGAUUCUCUCCGAUAUUCUACUUUUCCACUCAAAUAAUCCAUCUGUGUGGCCACAGUGGGAGUUCGGCAACGUUUGGCUGUCUCGUUUGGCUUCUCGUGUGGAUAGUCGUGCUCAUAGUGAACUGCUCAUAAUGACCCAGCUCAUUCUCCCCGGAACUAAUAGUUUCUAUUACGGAGACGAAUUGGGAAUGAAGAAUCUUCCAAAUGACUCGGUGGUCAGUGAAUUUCCUGCCUAUUGCUACAGAAAGCUUUACAGAAAGCCCUGUAAUCUUCUGUCAGUUCAGGUACCACCGCAACGUGGAGCCAUGCAAUGGGAUGAUUCGGCAUUUGCAGGUUUUUCGACAAAUUCCAAAAUUCCGGUCAAUUCCGACUACAAAAACAUCAACUGGAAGAAACAGUACGCAGAGGAACAGUCUGCCCUCAAGAUGUUUUCCAAGCUCAGCAAGUUGCGUACGAGAGACGAGUCUCUAAGUCUUGGUGAGACCAUAAUUGGACGACUGAUUGAAGGCGGAGCUUACACCAUCGUUCGAUUCCAUCAACGCGAAAAUGCUACAAAUGGCAAUGUGUUUGUAGCUGCUGUUAAUUUUGCCGAACACUCAGUUACAGUGCCCCUUGAACGAUUUGCCCAGCAACGACAAACUCACGAAAACUCAGGUCAGUGA